CCUGAAGAGUUCAACACUUCACGCGCUUCCCUGUGGAGUCUCUGGGAAUAUCGGGCGAAUAUGAAAGUGACAGUAUGUUUUGGAAGGACCCGGGUGGUCGUUCCCUGUGGGGAUGGGAAUAUCAAAAUACACAGUCUUAUUCAGCAAGCGACAAUGAGAUAUAAAAAAGCCAUAGCUAAGGACCCAGGAUACUGGAUACAGGUUCAUCGAUUAGAACAUGGAGACGGAGGCAUUUUGGACCUGGAUGACGUGCUAUGUGAUGUAGCCGACGACAAAGACAGGCUGGUGGCAGUCUAUGAGGAACAGGACCCCCAUCAUGGUGGUGACGGCACCAGCGCCAGCUCCACGGGCACCCAGAGUCCAGAGCUCUUCAGCACGGUGGAGCUCAACUCCAGCAACCUGUCCGCCUUCCAGCCCUACCAGACCAGCAGUGAGAUCGAGGUCACUCCAUCAGCCCUCAGGACCAACAUGCCCUUGCAUGUACGCCGUAGCAGUGAUCCAGCACUGGCUGGUCUUCCUGAAGCCCAGCUUCAGCCAGAGGAACCAUCUCGUAAGAAUCCCACACGCUGGUCGACCACAGCAGGGUUUCUGAAACCCAAUGCCACCAGCGAAACCAAUAGUCUAGAGCGAAAGGGUAAGGAUCUGGAAGCAUACCGCAGCCUGCCUCGUGAUGUUGUCCCCUGGGCUCACCAGUUUCAGAGGGAAAAUGCUCGCUCAUCCCUCAGUGCCAACCAUCCCAUGGUGGACCGAUGGCUUGAGCGUCAAGAACAGGAAGAAGAAGAAGAUGAGGAGAGAACAGACAACGGGAAGAACGGGAGGAUAGAACCGGUGGGACGGGCAGAUUCCUGUGUAGAAUCAGCAUCACUUGAUGAAAUGUUAAAGCCGGUUGAGGUGUCCAAUGGCGGUGGGCCCCUAGGAAUCCAUGUGGUGCCUUUCAGUGCCAGAGAUAGAAGGACGCUGGGUUUGUUAGUGAAGAGGCUGGAGAGGGGCGGAAAGGCGGAGCGUGAAGCUCUGUUCCAGGAGAAUGACUGUAUCGUCCGGAUUAAUAACGGAGACCUGCGCAACAUCCGAUUUGAACAGGCCCAGAAUUUGUUCAGACAGGCUAUGCGUUCUCCAUUCAUCCUGUUCCAUGUAGUUCCAGCGGUGAAGAAAGCCCAAUAUGAGCUUCUGUCUCAGAAUGAACUGGGCCUUCAGGCUGAAUCGGGGCCCGGUGACAGAGGCAGUCUGGUGGGAGGUGGUGUCGACUAUAGCCCACGGAGAAUGUCCAAAGCGGAAUCGACCCGGGGCUAUCCCACAUUACUGCACCCUGCAAACUCUUCAAACCCUUCAAACAAGACCCUAGCAGGCCCUGUCCAACCCUCCAGGCCCACCAGUGCCGCUUCCUCCGUGGGCUACUCCAAAAAGAUUGGCCGCAAAUUCAACGUCCAGCUGAGGAAAGGUCCGGAGGGGUUGGGUUUUAGCAUCACUUCCAGAGACGUGCCCAUCGGCAGUUCGGCCCCCAUAUAUGUGAAGAAUAUCCUCCCCCGUGGAGCCGCCAUCCAGGAUGGGCGUCUAAAAGCUGGAGACCGGCUGCUAGAGGUCAAUGGAGUGGAUCUGAAUGGUAAGACUCAGGAGGAGGUUGUGGCUCUGUUGCGCUCGACUCCCAUGGGAGGCACUGUAGGUCUUCUCAUCGUCAGACAAGAGGACGCUUUUCUUCCCCGCGAAGUGAAAGAAGAACAAGAUGAUUUAAUAUUGACCCCGGAUGGAACGAGAGAGUUUUUGACCUUUGAAAUUCCUCUCAAUGACUCGGGCUCAGCAGGGUUAGGGGUCAGCGUCAAGGGCAACAGAUCUAAAGAGAGCCACGCUGACCUGGGAAUAUUCGUCAAGUCUAUAAUCACUGGAGGAGCCGCCUGCAAGGAUGGGCGGCUGAGGGUAAAUGACCAGCUGAUAGCAGUUAAUGGAGAGUCUCUAUUGGAAAAAACGAAUCAGGAAGCGAUGGAGACCCUCCGCAAGUCCAUGUCCAUCGAGGGAAACAAGAGAGGCAUGAUUCAGCUGAUAGUAGCCCGACGGAUCGCAGGGAGAGGAGAGGAGGCUCCGAGUAGCCCGUCUGUGCCUCUGAACUCUCCACGAGACGAAAAUGAGCGACGGAUCUCUCAGUCUCUGUAUCCCGGAGAGAGCCUGAAUGACAACCACACCCCACGACCCACCAUGAUGGGUAGAAUGAUGGGUAACUAUCAGCUGUCCCCCACUGUGAAUAUGCCACAGGAUGACACAGUCAUCAUUGAAGAUGAUAGGCCACCUGUUCUUCCUGCCCGCUUGUCUGACCAGUCAUCAUCUAGCUCCCACGAAGACAUGGGAUUUGUGACAGAAAUGCCAGAAUCCUGGCCCAAAGAUGUUCAGAUACAGGAUGAAAGUACACUAAGUCCAGACGCAGAUGUGGAUGCCAUGUUUCAGAGGGAAGGCUUUGGCCGGCAGAGCAUGUCAGAAAAGCGGACCAAACAGUAUGGUGAUGCUGCUCAACUGGAGAUUAUCAAGAGUCGCAAGUCGAAGAGUAUGGACCUAGUAGCCGACGAGUUUAACCUCACUCCCCGCAAAGAGAGGACAGAAGGCAACUCCACACGAGAUGUGGGACCAUCGUUGGGUUUGAAGAAGUCUAGUUCCUUGGAGAGCCUCCAGACAGCUGUUGCUGAGGUGACGCUCAACGGAGACGUCCCGUUCCACAGGCCUCGCCCCAGAAUCAUCAGGGGAAGGGGCUGCAAUGAGAGCUUCCGGGCAGCCAUCGACAAAUCAUACGACAAGCCAGGUGUGACUGUAGUCAGCCCCGAAGAAGAUGACGAGGGUAUGGAGACAUUGGAAGAGGAUACAGAGGAAAGCUCACGGUCUGGCCGUGACUCCAUUUCCACGGCCACAGACCUCACCCUCCCACCCUCCAACACAGAGAAACAGAUGAAUGGAGGACGCACCAAAGAUGACAAGAAAAAGGAGCAUGGAGGAAAGGACAAGAAAGACAAGAACAAAGCCAAGAAGGGCGUGCUGAAGGGCCUGGGCGACAUGUUCAGGUUUGGCAAAAACCGCAAAGACGAGAGGCAAGGAGACAAGAUGGAGCGGAAGGGGUCCAGCAAGAGCAAGAUGGAGGAAACUCAGGCCACUGAAGAGGAGACGCAGAGAAUGAGGCUGGAACAGGAGAGAAUUCAAGCUAAGACCAGGGAGCUCAGAGAGCGACAGGCCAGAGAACGAGACUACGCUGAGAUCCAGGACAUCAACCGAACCUUCAGUUCCGAUGAGGAGCACACCUACGCGGGGAUCGGCUCUCUGGACUCGUCCCUGGACAGCAGUAUGGACCUAAGCCAUAACCCUGGUCAAGAGCGUCCUCAGAGCCCCCGAGACCAGUCCCUCCCCUUAGAGGCUCUCUACGCACAGGUCAACAAGCCCCGUAAUGGACGCCCAACCUCUGCAGACAGCAACAGACUGGCGCCUAGCAACCAUGACCGGAUACAUCGGCUACGGCAAGAGUUCCAGCAGGCCAAGCAGGAGGAGGAACCUGAAGACCGCCGCCGUUCCUACAGCUUUCAACAGCAACAGUGGGCCAAUACGGGUUCUUAUACACCGACGGGGCGGCACUCGGUUUCUGUGGAGGUGCAAGUGCAGAAACAGAGAGAGGACAGAGACUCUUUUACUCAAGCCCAGAGGCAAUACAACUCCUUACCACGACAACCACGUAAAAACCCUAGCACCGUGUCUCAAGACUCUUGGGAUAAAGUCUAUCCUCCUGGCGAGGUCUUUCAGACCGCCAAAGAGAACCCACGCUACUCCAGCUACCAGGGAACGCGCACUGCCAACGGCUACCUGGGCACCGCCACCACGGGCCUGAAUGCUCGUGUACUCCUGGAGACCCAAGAGCUCCUGAGACAGGAACAGAGACGAAAGGAGCAGGAGGCUAAAACCAAGCUAGCUACGAUGGAGGAGACACCAACCCCAAGCCAAAUCCCUGUUCCUACACCUCCCAAAGGUCCUUACCGACAAGAUGUGCCACCAUCGCCCACCCAACUCGCCCAGCUCAACCGUCUACAGACCCCUGAGAAGGGCCGCCCCUUCUACUCUUGAGACGAGAGAUCAAAACUGUAGGAAAAACUGUAUUACAGCAAUAAUAUUGAAUGGAAAGAGACAGAGCUAUAAUAUGGAGACUGAAUGGAGGAUUCUGGGUAAUUGGUUUUGGAGGUUUUCAAUUUGUUUUUUUUUGUUUUUUUACUCUAGUAUGUACACACUGAAAAUCCUUGUGGAAUAUCUAUCUUCCAUCCCUGCUUUUGACAGAUGUGUAUGUGUUUGUUCUGAAUUCAUUGACGUUACGGCACUAGGUUCUCUUGACAAUCACAUGACAGUCGCCUGAGGCUUUGAUACAUGGCUGUUUCCACCAUAUUGUGACCUACAUAUCAUGUUUUUGUCAAGUGUGCUGAGAACUUGUAGGUGGGUGAAUUUCACUACGCUUGUCAGGAACAUGUCUGGGUCAUAUUGCACCACAGAAUCAAAAACAAAUAUAUGCAAUAUUUAGCUUAAAAAAAUGAAGCCUGCUUCUAGGUCUAUAAAGAUUUUUUUUCACAGUUUCACAUGAUGUGGAAUAAAAAAAAUAAGAAUUUGUCCCUACAACAUUAAUUUGUGACUUUGUUUUAAUAAUUUGUUCCCUUGUUUUAGUUAAAUUGUGGCCAAAUUGUUCCUUUUUAUUUUUGUGAAAUUGUAAAAAAAAAGAGGGAACAAACUGUAACAACAAAUUCUUAAUUCGUGGCCACAAUAUCUUGUUUUGUUUUUGUUUUGUUUUUUUUCCACCCUGAAUGUCAUGUCCGGAGGCACCAUAUCAUGAAAAAUAAUUUUCCAUAAUUCAGAUUUUUCUCAAUUUUAAUUUUCAUUAGACUAUCAUUAAGGCAAUAUAAGAAUUUUUACUCUAUUAUAAUAAAAAAAUUCUAAUUCAGUUAUUCUUUUUUAUUAUUAAAAACAGCAUAAAUUCAGUACAACAAAUUAACUUUAGUAGAUCAAUAUUUUUACAUCAUAGCACUGAGAAUAAGAUUUUUGUUGUUACACUAAUGAGAAUUUUGUAAGUGUACACUGUAAACAUUAUUUUCAUAAUUUAUCACAACAUUUUUUUCUUUUGUCAAAUCAACUUAGAUAAUGUGGUUCAGAUAACAUAAUAUCAUGAGUUUCUGUUUAUUAAACCAGUCGCCUUCAUUGUAUUAAGUCAAAUUUUUAAUUUCAAUGAACUCAAAAUUUUAAGGCAACCAACAAUUCUUUUUUACAAUGUAGGUGUGCUGUAUGUGUUCUUAGUGCAAGUGUUUUAGUCCAUGUACUGCAACGGUGUAGCUGAACUCAGCUAAUAGAGUGCAGUAAGGUUAUGACCCCACAACCCUCCAACUCUCUGCUAAGGAAACCCCCAUUAACCCGUCAUACUUCUCAAUUGCUCCUCAUGUGACGCCUUCUCUCUCCACCUACUUUAUAAUUGAUUCUUUUGCUCCUUCCUCCAGUUAGUGGUCUCUGUUCCUCCACUAAUAAACUAGUAAAUGUACAGCUCUCAGGCUUCUUACUGCAAUUCAUCCCAGACCAGGAAUGAGGGAAUUAAUUAAAACCUGGUACUUUUUAAAAAUAUAUAUUUUUUAAUUUGUUAAAAUACUUUCUGAAGAAUAACAAAUAUGGUUUGGUGCUACUAAUAUAACAGAAAUUACAUACUGCAGCUUUAAAGGCAAAAUGAAACAAUGUUAUUGGGUGAGAUUAAACAAUUUUAUCCAUCAGGAAUCAGUGGGAAUGUGAACAUUUUCACUAUAUUACAGGAGGUUGGAGGGGAGGGGCUUAAAAAUAAGAGGGAUUAGAGAGGGAUCGUUUUCAAUGCGGAGCACGUUUUUACAUUUUUAUGAAAGAUUACAAACUUUUGUGGGGUUAUGAAUAACAUGCACAGAUGAAUCUUGCAUAAUAACACCAGAAACAUGUAUUAAGAAAGUAAAUAAUGUGUAUUUUGAAUUCAUGUUGACUUUAAUGCUUCCUAUCAAGAUUGUAUUCUUGUGACUUCCAGGCAGUUUGCUCAUGUAUGUGUAUGUAUGGUCCUAGUUUCGUCAUGGGGACAAAAUGUCCCCACACAAAGAUGGAAAUAUCUGAAAUCUUUGUCCUUGUGGAGACAUUUUUUGGUGCCCAUAAGGAGAACAGCUUAUAAAUCAUUCAAGGUGAUGUUUUUUGAAAAUGUAAAAAUGCAGAACGUUUUCUGUGAUGGGUAGGUUUAGGAUUAGGAGAUAGAAUAUCAAGUUUGUAUGGUAUAAAAAUCAUGUCUAAGGAAAGUCCCCAUGAAACAUGGAAACCCAACGUGUUUUAGACCCAGUAGGUGUGGGUGUGACUCUGACCUUUGCCUUCUUACAACCCGUCUUUGGUUUCAGCGGCUCAGGCUGAGACCAGGUCUGUUCAGCACUUUAGUUUUUAUCACACAGGUUAAUGGACAGUUGCUCGUGCACAUGUUCCACUAUAACACAACAAAGCUCAGGUUACAGCUCACGCCGCAGUAGCCACGGAUAGUGUCGAAAACCUGUUUAAAGGAGCAGUUCACCUAGUAAUGAAAAUGUUGUCGUCGUCUCUUCUCUCUCAUGUCGUUCCAAACAUGUUUCUUUCUGUGGAAAACAAAAGUGUAGUUCACACAGCUUGAAACUGUAUCUUAAUUGUAUAAAAAAGACAAGAAAAAAGGUAAUUUUUUCAGUGACUAUCCCUUUAAAUCUAGCUGUCUUUUAACUGUUAAUUCAGAAAUCUAAACCACUCUAACAAAUGUCAUGUGGCUUUUAUUUGUGCUCUAUAUAUUUUGGUAUUUGUAUGUGUGUGGGUUUUGCAUGGGAUUGUGUAUCACCAGUGCCUGUAACAUGACUCUUUUUUUGUCUAUGAACUGUAUCUUGGCAGGAACAUGAAACACUUGGCCACACUUUUCAGAGCUAAAUCUAAAAGAGCUCAAUAAGCUCUCACAAAAAGGAACGCCAAGCCCAUUGACCAAUGUACUCUCCUCCAAGUCUCUCAAAGUCGCCUGGCGUCUCUCGCUGUCUCGCAUCCAUUCAUUGUGGAAAACAUUCAGUAUAUCUACUCUGUUCCCUGAGUAAAAGUUUGGUACUUCCUCCCAAGAUUGUUAUGGAUUCUGUGGUACGACAUGAUGUGCUUCUAGUAUUGUAGUUACUAACAGAGAAGACAUUUCCAGAACAGCAGCGUAAUUUUUUUUUUUUUUUUUUUUUGGUGCUGGCUGCUUAUCUACUAUUUUAUAUCACAUUGUAACUGUAUACAUAAAUUGUUUUCGAUGGGAAGUGCCUGUGAAGAGGGAUGUUUUUAUAUGUUAAAUGCACAUCGCCAAAUGCACAUAUUUUUAAAAUGAAAUCAUUAUUAACUUUUGACUUUCUCUGAUCAUACAGCAUUUGUUUUAAUCGUUAAAAGAAAGCUAAGAGUAAUCUGCACAUUUUAAUGUAUUUGUAUGACAUUUUGUUGUCCACUUCAUAGGUACUAUGGUGUUCGAUUCCUGUAUGCACAGUGAAAAUGGUUUUUACACAAAGUUUUUACCUGAUGUGUCAAAAUGUACACAAAGCUUCUCUGUACAUAUCAAAUCUAUAUUCAAUAAAACGUUUCUUCAUUUUGUUUACA